ACCACAGUUUGACGAAGAAAUGUUUCCAAAAAAUGUGGAAAUAAAUUUUAACCGAGAAAUUAAAGAAUUUUUUCCUUGUUUUUUCCAAUACUAUUGUUUAAUUCGCGAUUGCGGAGUAAUUUUCUGGUGAAUAGCGUAAUGUGAAAUGUAAAUCGUAGUUUGUUAGCCACUUUCAUUGGCCACGGCAAAGGUUGGAGAAACUACAAAUCAUUGAAAAUGCGUUGUUGUGUGCCAUUCUGCACAAAUACUCCCACCAAUGUGUCCACAUCUGAGUCGAAGGGGAUCAGUUUUCACGCUCUCCCCAGUGAUGUGCGUCUGCGCGCUGCUUGGCUCAGAGCCCUCGGCAAACAAGACAGUCAGCUACCAGACUCUGCUGUGGUCUGCUCCCAGCAUUUUCUUGAUGAUGAAAUGUAUGAAACAGAAAGUGGCUUCAGGCAGAUUGCUACUGGUGCUGUUCCUUCAACAGUGCAGGUUUGCAUGAUAUGUCUAAACACUGACAACAAGCUGUAUCUAAUGAGUAAACACAAAUUGGAAGAAACAUAUGAGCGGUUAACCGGAUAUCCAUUGUAUGAUCAAGGAAACCUGAAACGAACACUUUGUGUACAAUGUGCUCAGAGACUAAUAAACUUUAGUAGAUUCAGAGACAAGAGCUUGAGAGCCCGUGCACUGAUGAUGGACUUAGUUGAAAAACAUGAAUUAAUAACACAGCGACAUAUCAAAGGGAUAAACCGCACAAAGAACCAACUAAAGAGUAAUUUUGUGGUGAAAACUCUAGGACCUGACCACUGUGACUUAUACAUACUGGACUCCUCAGACAAACAGACAGAAUCAGAGCCAAUCGGCUAUAGUGCUGUUGUGAAGAAUGAAGAAAGUUUUGACUCGCCGGUUGAUGAGGACAUGGAAGUGGCAGAGGAAGAUGACAAUACUGCAGACAAUGUCAAUGAUGAGUUUGUUGCAUGUAACGAGGAGUGCUUCUCUGACGAUAGCAUAAUGUUGGAAACGAAAUUGCUGGAUGAUGUUAUUUGCAAAGCUCUGGAGAACCCAGUAUUUGCAGAACAAGUGGCUGAAAUACCGGAUUUGUUAAAGUGCGAAAGUGCUGCCUUCCAAUGUGCUUUAUGUUCUGAGGAGUUUGUCAGUGAACAUGCGUACAUGCAACAUAUGCGCAUGCAUGACCAGCAGAACAGUGACGGUUAUGCUGACUGUGGCACGUCUCAAGUAUGCAAGCCUCAUACAGCCGUGAGCUCCUCACACUCUCCACACCUCACUGAGAACAAGCAGGCCAUUCAGCUGAGGCAGGCCCCAAGCCCGUCCGCACACUCGCCUCGAACUGCAGUCGCUCCUCUGUCCGCGAGACUUGCGACGAGUAACGGAAACAACGUGCAAGCUGAAGACGCCGAUACAGUCCAGAAGAGUGAACCACUAUUUAAAAUUAACAAUGUCGGAUUAAACAACCAAUUAUACAAUACCAACAAUAUAACUGACAUUAAUAGAUUAACAGAUUGUGUGGUCAUAUUAUAUGAUAUUUUCAAAAAGCCGCAAGAAGGUGUACCAAUACAAGGUGAAUCACUGGCGACAAUGCGACCAAGUGUUAGUUCUUGGGACAGUCAGCGUCAUAUUGAAAAUGCCUCUAAAGAUUUUAACUGUCAGGCAGUUAGUCGGAAUGAAGACACUAGACAUGCGAUAGGAGACAUUCGACCAGUUACUAGUAAACUGAAAGUUACUGAGCUUAAUGCUACGAAAACUUCACAAAGUAAAACUUAUUGUUCAAAUAAUUACAACAGUGAAGAUAGUUUGCUUCAUUACAAAAAUGGGUAUAUUUGUGAUGUAUGUAGACAUAAGUUUAAAAGGAAAAGUCUCUUAGUUAAACACAUAAAGACUCACAGUGAAGUAGAACCGUUCACUUGCAAGUAUUGCCAAUUCAAAGCUAUAUAUAAAUUUAGUUUAAAGAAACAUAUGCAAACUCACACGGGUGACAAACCAUUUACUUGCGAGUUAUGCGACUACAAAUGUACAUACAGUAGUAAACUAGUGCAACACAUGAGAACUCACACGGGUGAAAAACCUUACGUUUGUAAGUUAUGUGAUCAUAAAUUUGCACUAUCAAGUCAUUUAGUGAGACACAUGAGUACUCACACGGGUGAAAAACCUUUUACUUGCGAGUUAUGCGAUUACAAAUGUGCAUUUAAGUCUAAUCUGGCGAGGCACAAAAUAACUCACACGGGUGAAAAACCUUAUGUUUGUAAGUUAUGUGAUCACAAAUUUGCACUAUCGAGUCAUUUAGUGAGACACAUGAGUACUCACACGGGUGAAAAACCUUUUACUUGCGAGUUAUGCGACUACAAAUGUGCACAAAAUAGUAAUUUAGUGCAACACAUGAGAACUCACACGGGUGAAAAACCUUACAUUUGUAAGUUAUGUGAUUAUAAAUGUGCACAAAAUAGUAGUUUAGUGAGACACAUGAGAACUCACACGGGUGAAAAACCUUACGUUUGUAAGUUAUGUGAUCAUAAAUUUGCACUAUCAAGUCAUUUAGUGAGACACAUGAGUACUCACACGGGUGAAAAACCUUACAUUUGUAAGUUUUGUGAUUAUAAAUUUGCACAACUUGGUAAUUUAGUGAGCCACAUGAGAACUCACACUGGUGAAAAACCUUACAAUUGUAAGUUAUGUGGUUAUAAAUGUGCACAAAAGUCUAAUCUGACGAGGCACAGGAGAACUCACACUGAUACAAAUCCUCCGUCAUUCGCUCCUCUGUCCGCGAGACUUGCGACGAGUAACGGAAACAACGUGCAAGCUGAAGACGCCGAUACAGUCCAGAAGAGUGAACCACUAUUUAUAAUUAACAAUGUCGGAUUAAACAACCAAUUAUUCGAUACCAACAAUAUAACUGACAUUAAUAGAUUGACUGAUUGUGUGGUCAUAUUAUAUGAUAUUUUCAAAAAGCCCCAAGAAGGUGUACCAAUACAAGGUGAAUCACUGGCGACAAUGCGACCAAGUGUUAGUUCUUGGGACAGUCAGCGUUAUAUUGAAAAUGCCUCUAAAGAUUUUAACUGUCAGGCAGUUAGUCGGAAUGAAAACACUAGACAUACGAUAGGAGACAUUCGACUAGUUACUAGUGAACUGAAAGUUACUGAGCUUAAUGCUACGAAAACUUCACAAAGUAAAACUUAUUGUUCAAAUAAUUACAAUAUCGAAGAUAGUUUGCCUUAUGACAAAAAUGGGUAUAUUUGUGAUGUAUGUAGACAUAAGUUUAAACGGAAAAGUGUCUUAGUUAAACACAUAAAGACUCACAGUGAAGUGAAACCGUUCACUUGCGAGUUUUGCCAAUUCAAAACUAAAUAUAAAUGGUGUUUAAAGAAACAUAUGCGAACUCACACUGGUGACAAACCUUUUACUUGCGAGCUAUGCGAUUACAAAUGUGCAUGUAAAAGUCAUUUAGUGAGACACAUGAGAACUCACACGGGUGAAAAGCCUUACAUUUGUAAGUUAUGUGAUUAUAAAUUUGCAGUAACUGGUCAUUUAGUGAGCCACAUGAGAACUCACACGGGUGAAAAACCUUUUGCUUGCGAGCUAUGCGAUUACAAAUGUGCACGUAAGUCUAGUCUGGCGAGCCACAGGAGAACUCACACGGGUGAAAAACCUUUUAAUUGCACAUUAUGCAAAUAUAAAUGUGCGGAUUCUACAAAUUUUGUGUGCCACAUGAGAACUCACACUGGUGAAAAACCUUACACUUGCGAGUUAUGCGACUACAAAUGUACACAAAGUAGUAGUCUAGUGAAACACAUGAGAACUCACACGGGUGAAAAACCUUUUAUUUGCGAGUUAUGCGACUACAAAUGUACACAAAGAAGUAAUCUAGUGCAACACAUGAGAACUCACACGGGUGAAAAACCUUUUACUUGCGAGUUAUGUGACUACAAAUGUGCACAAAGUAGAGAUCUAGUGCAACACAUGAGAACCCACACGGGUGAAAAAAAACCUUUUACUUGCGAGUUAUGCGAUUACAAAUGUACACAAAGUAGUGAUCUAGUGCGACACAUGAGAACCCACACGGGUGAAAAAAAACCUUUUACUUGCGAGUUAUGCGAUUACAAAUGUACACAAAGUAGUGAUCUAGUGCAACACAUGAGAACCCACACGGGUGAAAAAAAACCUUUUACUUGCGAGUUAUGCGAUUACAAAUGUACACAAAGUAGUGAUCUAGUGCAACACAUGAGAACCCACACGGGUGAAAAAAAACCUUUUACUUGCGAGUUAUGCGAUUACAAAUGUACACAAAGUAGUGAUCUAGUGCGACACAUGAGAACUCACACGGGUGAAAAACCUUUUACUUGCGAGUUAUGCGACUACAAAUGUACACAAAGUAGUGAUCUAGUGCGACACAUGAGAACUCACACGGGUGAAAAACCUUUUACUUGCGAGUUAUGCGACUACAAAUGUACACAAAGUAGUGAUCUAGUGCGACACAUGAGAACUCACACGGGUGAAAAACCUUUUGCUUGCGAGCUAUGCGAUUACAAAUGUGCAAGUAAGUUUAGUCUGGCGAGCCACAGGAGAACUCACACGGGUGAAAAACCUUACAUUUGUAAGUUAUGUGAUCAUAAAUUUGCAGUAACUGGUCAUUUAGUGAGCCACAUGAGAAUUCACACGGGUGAAAAACCUUUUGCUUGCGAGCUAUGCGAUUACAAAUGUGCACGUAAGUCUAGUCUGGCGAGCCACAGGAGAACUCACACGGGUGAAAAACCUUUUAAUUGCACAUUAUGCAAAUAUAAAUGUGCGGAUUCUAGCAAUUUAGUGAGCCACAUGAGAAUUCACACUGGUGAAAAACCUUACAUUUGUAAGUUAUGUGGUUAUAAAUGUGCACGAAGUAGUUAUCUAGUGCAACACAUGAAAACUCACACGGGUGAAAAACCUUUUACUUGCGAGUUAUGCGACUACAAAUGUACACAAAGUAAGAAUCUAGUGCAACACAUGACAACUCACACGGGUGAAAAAACUUUUACUUGCGAGUUAUGCGACUACAAAUGUACACAAAGUAGUAGUCUAGUGCAACACAUGAGAACUCACACGGGUGAAAAACGUUUUUCUUGUGAGUUGUGCGAGUACAAGUGUGUAGACAAAAGAAAUUUAGUGAGGCACUUGAAAACACACUUCUAAAAAAACCGGACAGGUGCGAGUCGGACUCGCAUACGAUGGAUUCCGUACAA